UAGCGUUGAAUGCCAACCGCACUAAAAGAACGAAGAAGAAUUCAGCAGCUGUAGCUAGCUGGUUUAACUAGCUAGCUAGCUAUAUUUACUCUGUGUCCUAACGAUAGAAAUACGAAAUACGUUUUGUAUCAAAACACCAAUGGUGUGGAGUCGGACUGUUAUAUUUCUCUCCGCACUGAGUGGCUAACCACAAAAAAGGAAGCAAUGAACUUCCAGGGCGGUCGGAGGCGAGGAGAGGAUGGCAUCGCCAUGGUGAUUGACUUCCUGCUGUCUAAUGCCCGGCUGAUUCUGGGUGUUGGUGGGGCUGCCAUGCUAGGAAUUGCUACACUGGCAGUGAAACGGCUGAUAGAGCGCGCAGGCCGUGCAGCCGAUGAUGAAAAGGUGGAGCAGAAGAUGGCUGAGAGCUGGGAGGAGUUGAGUCUGGUCUCUGCUUCCCCCACACUGAUCAAGAAGGGCAUAAAGGGUGCGGUGAUGAAACAUGUUGCCAAGGCAGCCAAACAACAGAAAGCUGACCUGUGCCAACAACCUCAGAUGCCCUCUCUGGAGUCUAAACCAGAGUCAAAGUCCAAGAGGCUCCAGCUGUGCGUCCUCAGUUUGCAGGAGCGACUGCAGCAGUAUUAUCACACGAGGGCAGCACUAACUCCACAUGAGGUCCAGAGGGCUCAGUCUCAAGCUCUGGACAUCUGCACUGAGAUCCAGGGCUUUCUGCACAGCCGUCUUCCUGACAUGCCCCUGGGAGAAAUGAGCCUCGGAGGUUCUCUACUGGAUGACCUGCAGGUGGUUAGCGCGGACCAUGCAUGUCUGCUGGUGCCUCUACAGCUGGAAGCCUCUCUGUGGCGUCUCAUCCCGGGAGAGGAAACGCUGCUCACACACCCGCUGCACUGGAUGGUCCGCCGGGUCAAUCUGGAAUAUUUUCCCAGAGGGCGCAGCUACUGGGACAGGUACCUGGUGGGUGGUUACCUGUCUGCAGAAGCUGUUGUGAACAUGUUUAGUAAAGCUGUCAUGGAAACUAUAAACUGGCCGUCCAUCAGCAGCACUCUGGACUGUCUCGUCAGACCUGUACUGGGAGGACCGGAGCUAAAACUGGAGAUUCGGCCUGGAAAUGAGCGGGCAGAGAGCAGUGAUCAGUCCCUGUUCAUCUCCAUGCUGCCUCUGCUGAGGGAGGGGGACGUGGUUCUGACCGCCCAGCCUGAGCUCACCUCUCCCUGGGUCAACGCCUGGCACCUGUCUCUCUACCCGUGGGAGACUCAGCGCCUGACUCAGCUCGACACCGCUGACGACGGAUACCGCAGACACACACUUAAAAUCCUCAAGGCUGCGUGCAGACUGAACCCUGCCCUGCGGCCGCUUCAAGCCGCCCCGCUUGCCAAUCUCAUCCUGCACCUCAGUGACAGUGAGAGCGACUGGUCCGAGAUCAGCCUUCAUGUGCGAUUCCAGCAGUGCAUCACAGAGCUGAUUGGCUACCUCGAACAAGAGGCGUUACACAGUUACUUCAAGCCAGCUGUCAAUCUGCUGAGCGGCUUGUCGGAGGACCAGGUGGACCAGAUGGGCUUCAUGCUCUACUGCGCUGUGUCAGAGCCUGAAAUAUUGCUCAUAUAACUGUCUGUACACACAUCUCUCAAGCUCUGACACAAACACACACACACACACAUUUCUUCCCGCUGUCUAUACUCUUUGGUAAGCCCCUCCAUCCGGCUUUGAUGCAAGGGAACAGGGUACAGUUGGGGUGAUAAAAUGGCAGGCGCCAUGGACUGAUGUCUAAACUGGAGGAGGAGAAGCUACAGAGAGACUGCAGAUGUGAAAGUGAUAAUCAAGCUAAAAUAAUCACUCCGAGGAAAGGAGACGUGCCAAGGAAAGGAGCUGAGGAAGUGUUUAUCAAGAUGUUUGAAACGAUGCUUCAGGAUGUGCCUGACAUAACGCCACAGCCAAGUGUGCAUUUAAGUUUGCGUGAUUAUUUUUCACAGGGAGUGAGUGAUGGUCAGCAUGGUCACAUACAGUUCAGUAGUAGAGGACAGUUUAUUGCUGAAGUGCAUUCAUUCUUUCUAGCCUCUACUGAUAGUGUGUGCUCUGCAUUGUUACCUAUAUGUCUUUUAAUAUAUUCUAACUAUGCAGAAAAAUGAACGACCUGCUGAAAACCAACAGCUUUUAAUGCACUUAUUAAACCAUUCAGUCUCUGAAUUGGACUUAUUUAAUGCCAAGUGUAUAUUUGAUCAUACUGGAGGUUAAAGUGUGCAGUAUUUUGUUUGUCUUGUUUAGUGUUCAGUCUGUUGUUUGGGUAAUAACCCUAUAGAUUAUGAUUAAAGUUGCCUAACAGUUUUAUGCAGUUGCUUUUAAAUACCGUAUGAAUGUUGUGGCCAUUUCUUCAGUUAAAAAUUAUUUUCUGUGAUUGAAGCGUGAAACUGCUAAUAACAAUUAAAACACUUGUUUAGAUUCUCGCUCAGUUGCCUCGAAAUGAUUGUUUUCAAACUUGAAAAUCGAGUGUCACAAAGAUAUGUCUCAGCCCGGUGUUUCAUGUUAAACGUUUUUAUAUCAGAAUCAGAAGAUUUAUUGUCAUUGUACAAAUGAACAACAAAUUUUUUAGCAGCAGUUCACCCAGUAACAUAAAGACAAGAAAUAAAUAGUAAAACAACAAUCAUAAAAUAGAAAGAAAUAUACACACUAAAAGUACUAGUUAUUGCACAUGGUCCGUAUGUGAAGGUGUGAAUGUGUGUGCGUGCGUGCGGGGAGGGUGCUAGUGAGUGUGUGUGUGUGUGUGUGUGUGUGUGUGUGUUCAGUGUGGUGAUGGCUUGUGGAAAGAAGCUGUUCCUGAGUCUAUUUGUCCUGGUCCUGAUUGACCUGUAGCGCCUUCCAGAGAGCAGCAGGUCUAACAGGGGGUAGGUAGGAUGGGAGCAGUCUUUGAUGAUUGCCUUAGCUCUGCUGAGGCAGCGGGAUGAAUAGAUGAACGGUCCUUCAGGGAGGGGAGGGUGCAGCCGAUGAUCCUCUGUGCGGUGUUGUUCAUCAGUGUGUUUAACGCCCCAUGAGGAGAGUCAUGCAACUUUGUAAACGUUUUGCACAAGUUUCAUGCAAAUGUCAAAAUGCUAAAAUCAUGUCAUGUGAGAGCCAGCUGAUAACUGUUACCGACAGCUGAUAGCCUGAUAACAACAGAAAUGGAUGGCUACCAACAUGUGACAUGGAUUUAUGUAAGAUGUAAGUCAUUUCAGUUUACAUGUGUCUUAAAAUAAUACUCUCAUGCCCAUACAUGUACAUGUAUAUUAAAUUAGUUAUUGAUCACUGUAAUAAUUCCUCCCGCAUGCUGGCAGAGAGGAGAUCCGUUCCUAAAGAUUUCAAUAUAAGUGAUGGGGAACAAAAUCUUCAGUCCUCAUUCUGAAAAAAAAUGUGAGCUUAUCCUUAAAAGUGCUGAAACUUAUCAGACGAUAUGAGGCUAGCUUUUUGUAGUUGUAUUAUGAUGUUUUCAUUCAUUAAAUCAUUCCUAAUUUAUA